CCUUCCCUCCCCACUCUUCACCCACCACCCUAUAUUUCAAGCAAAGAAAACUCUGAUUACUCACCAAGCAAAUCCCACAUCCACGAUGGAUUUCCUCCUCCUGGAGAAGACCCUUCUCGGCCUCUUCGUCGCGGUGGUGGUAGCCAUCACCAUCUCUAAACUCCGGGGCAAGCGCUUCAAGCUCCCUCCUGGACCUUUUCCUGUUCCGGUGUUCGGGAACUGGCUCCAAGUGGGGGAUGACUUGAACCACCGUAACCUGACAGGCUUGGCCAAGAAAUUCGGUGACAUAUUUUUACUUCGAAUGGGGCAGCGUAAUCUGGUUGUGGUGUCUUCACCAGAGCUAGCAAAGGAGGUGCUCCACACUCAGGGAGUGGAAUUCGGGUCAAGAACCCGUAACGUAGUGUUUGAUAUAUUCACUGGUAAGGGUCAAGAUAUGGUGUUCACUGUGUACGGUGAGCACUGGAGGAAGAUGAGGCGGAUCAUGACGGUCCCAUUUUUCACCAACAAGGUUGUCCAGCAGUACAGGUUCGGAUGGGAGGACGAGGCUGGCCGCGUAGUGGAGGAUGUCAAGAAGAAUCCCGAGGCAGCCACGAAUGGGAUCAUUUUGAGGAGGAGGUUGCAGCUCCUGAUGUACAACAACAUGUACAGAAUCAUGUUCGACAGAAGGUUCGAGAGCGAGGAUGAUCCUUUGUUCGUUAGACUCAAGGCUUUGAACGGAGAGAGGAGCCGGCUGGCUCAGAGUUUUGAGUACAAUUAUGGAGAUUUUAUUCCCAUUUUGAGGCCCUUCUUGAGAGGCUACUUGAAGAUCUGCAAGGAGAUCAAAGAGAGGAGGUUGAAGCUCUUCAAGGACUACUUUGUGGAAGAGAGAAAGAAAGUCGCAAGCACAAAAAGCAUGAACAACGAAGGAUUGAAAUGUGCCAUAGAUCAUAUUCUGGAUGCUCAACAGAAAGGAGAGAUCAACGAGGACAACGUUCUCUAUAUUGUCGAGAAUAUCAACGUUGCCGCAAUUGAGACGACACUAUGGUCGAUCGAGUGGGGCAUUGCGGAGCUGGUGAACCACCCUGAAAUUCAAAAGAAGCUGCGCCAUGAGCUUGACACUGUUCUUGGACCUGGUCACCAGAUCACCGAACCUGACACCUACAAACUUCCAUACCUUCAGGCUGUGAUCAAGGAGACUUUGAGGUUUCGGAUGGCAAUUCCUUUACUUGUACCCCACAUGAACCUACACGAUGCUAAGCUUGGUGGGUAUGAUAUCCCUGCUGAGAGCAAAAUCUUGGUGAAUGCAUGGUGGCUUGCCAACAACCCUGCUAACUGGAAAAACCCCGAUGAAUUCAGGCCUGAGAGGUUCUUGGAAGAGGAAUCUAAGGUUGAGGCCAAUGGCAAUGACUUCCGGUACCUCCCAUUUGGUGUUGGGAGAAGAAGUUGCCCUGGAAUCAUUCUUGCAUUGCCGAUCCUUGGUAUUACUUUGGGUCGUUUAGUACAGAACUUUGAGCUCUUACCUCCUCCAGGACAGUCAAAGCUUGAUACUACGGAGAAAGGUGGACAGUUCAGUCUGCACAUUUUGAAGCAUUCAACCAUUGUUGCAAAGCCAAGGAAGUUUUAACUUGGCACUUUUCCUAUUUUAUGAACUCGCUGCGAGAUAGUUGAAAACAAAAAAAAAAAAAUUGGGGAACAUUGUCUUGAUUAUAUUUGUGAGGUGUGACAGUGUAAAAAUCUAUGGACCUGAAACGAUGACUCGAGAUUUGUAAUAAGUUUGAUGUUCGUUUUUUUACUUGUAUGUCAUAUAUAGCAAUAGCACGCGUCUCGUUUA